GUUUUGUUCCCGUCAGCUUGUCGGUGUUUGUGUAACGGGUCGAAUGUUUUUCAGCGAAGCCGUCGUCCGUCCAUUCAUUUCAAUCCGCAGUCGGUCGCAGGUUUUUCAGUCAGGUUUCGGUCUUUCUCCCCGUUGCGUGCGUCGAAAAAUACAGUGGGAAUCAUACGGUUCAGUGGAAGAGAAAAGUUUAUGUUGAUUUUUAUUGAAUUUGGGCAGUGGAGUAAAGAUUGUGAGGUGGAAAAGAAGUGCAAAGUUUAAUUGAUUUUCACUGGGAGGUUUUGCAUUCGUCGGUUGAUUCAGUGCGGAAUUUUGGGUGUGAGAUAAACCAAGAAGAAGUAAUAUUCUCCGUCACGGAGGGUGGUGCAGCUUUCGGUGUGAAAAAUUUGAUUUUCCUCCCAAGUGAAAUUUCUUGGAGAAUUUGAAAAGUGGCUAACUAAGGAAAGAAUGUAUAUUUCGGUUUGAAUGAAUAAAACUGCAAGUUCUGAUCAAAUCAAACGCUGGUACAGCUGUGUUGGAUAAUUUUCCUUGGUUGGAGAAAAAGUUCCAUUUUGUCUUCGGUUUUUCCGAGCCAGCUCGGAGGAGGAAUACACACGUAGGAGCCGUGCCAGGUUGCUGUCGAGAAGGGGCGAAGCAGAACGACAAAGUGGUGACGACUGGUGGCGAAUCGAAGUUCAGGAAAAACUUCCGAGAGACAGCAGCCGAAGCCAACCAACAAGAGCAGCAAAAGAAGAUUGCAGAUAGCCAGCAAAAUGGGUAAAACCAAAAUCCAGUGCAGCAAAUGCCAGAAAAAAUGCUCCGGCGAGGUGUUGCGUGUUUCGGACCGAUAUUUCCACAAGACGUGCUUUCAGUGCACCAAAUGCAACAAAUCGCUGGCGACUGGCGGCUUCUUUUCGAAGGAUGGCGCCUAUUACUGCACCCUGGACUACCAGAAGCUGUACGGUACCAAGUGCGCCGCUUGCAAUCAGUACGUCGAGGGCGAGGUAGUUUCGACCAUGGGCAACACAUAUCAUCAGAAGUGCUUCACCUGUAGCAAGUGCAAACAAGCGUUCCAGUCGGGCAGUAAGGUCACAAACACCGGCAAAGAAGUGCUCUGCGAGAACUGUGUGAAAGGACCGGUGCCGGCUACCCAACAGUUGACCACCAAUUCUGCGACAGCGUCACCAAAGAGACAAAUCGAACAGAAACAGGAGCAGAAGACGAUCAAAGAAAUUACCUCCAGUCCGACGAAGGCAGCCACACUUCAGCAUCACCAGGAAGCGAUCCGAAAGCAGCAGAAUAGCAAAGACGUUGACCCGAACGAGUGCGCCGGAUGUCACCAGCAGCUGAAGGAAGGUCAGGCGCUGAUCGCCCUGGAUCGGCAGUGGCACAUUUGGUGCUUCAAGUGUAACGCUUGCGGAGUCACGCUGAACGGUGAGUACAUGGGCAAGGAUGGUGUGCCGUACUGCGAGAAGGAUUUCCAGAAAUCGUUCGGUGUGAAGUGUGCCUACUGCAAUCGGUACAUCAGCGGCAAAGUGUUGCAGGCUGGCGACAAUCAUCACUUCCAUCCGACGUGCGCCCGGUGCACCAAGUGUGGCGAUCCGUUCGGCGAUGGCGAGGAAAUGUACCUGCAAGGGGGUGCGAUAUGGCAUCCGCGAUGUGGUCCCGGUCCGUCGUCCGAGUCGGGCAUUCUGAAUGGGGUCGAAACCAAUGGGUUCAACACAGAAACCGAAUUCGACCGGACCAGUACAAGUGCAAUGAGUGAAAUUCAGUUUUCGUAUCCUUCACAAACACCAAGUUUGAGUGGUUCUGUUUAUAGUCCUUACACGCAUAGAAAGUACCAUCGUACCACCAGCCCAGGGCUUAUACUAAGAGAGUACAACCGUCACGGAUUUGAGGACAUUGCCCGAAUCUACACCUACAGCUACCUUACGGAUGAGCCGCACUAUUUGAGAAAACCGAUUGAACCGUACGACAAAGCGCCCGUGUCGCCUCACUUCCAUCGUCCGAACCAGUACGGCAGUGGGCACCGGUCGGCGUCCGGAUCGCGUUCGCACUCGAGGAGCCGUAGCGCAAUGAAGGUGCUGGUCGACAGUAUCCGCUCGGAGACGCCCCGUCCCAAGAGCCCCGGUAUGAACAACGAGGAACCGAUCGAGCUGAGUCACUAUCCGGGAGCGAAGAAGCCCCCGCCAGGCGAAAAACCAAAGAUUGAACGGGACGACUUCCCGGCACCGCCCUAUCCCUACACGGAUCCGGAGCGGCGGCGACGCUAUUCCGAUUCCUACAAGAACAUUGAAUCCGACGAUGAGGUCGAUCACCACGCGAAGAACAAGGAGGAUAAAGAAAACAUAGCUGAAAUGCGCCUCCAGAAAGAGGAAGAGGAAUUGAGUAAGCUAAAAUCAUCGGGUAUGGGCAAGGUCAUCCUGAAGGACCUUCAGGAGCAUAAAAAGUAUGAACACUGGAAGCGGGAGAACCUCGAUCCUCGGAAUGCCUCGCGCACUCCGUCGGCAUCGAAAGAGCCAACCUACCGCCUGCGGUACGAAUCCCCAGUGGGUGCAUCGCCCUCCCGAAACCUGGACCAUCAUCGACCCGGCGAAGACGAAUACUUCGAUCGAUCGACCAGCUACCGUGGUUCCGUCGGCCGUGCCAUCGGAAACGCGCCCAGCUACAAUGUGGUGAGUUCCUUACGACAAGUACCUAAACCGGGUUACGGCUUGGCCCCUCGUUCGCAUACCUUCAGUUCCGCUACAUCUGGUUCCGCUCACGGUGUUCCUGAUUUCUCGUUCGGUGGACUGGGAGAUAAGACCCACAGUACGGAGUUCAGCUGCGGAAAAAGCGAUAUAUCCGUCGAUUCAAUAACGGAAGGCGACCGGCGUGCCCUCGGAGCCGACAUUCCCGCCUCGAGCACCUACUCCGGUGCGCUGUCCUAUCACUAUCCGCAGCAGCCGAUUCGGCGCAGCUUGCCCAACAUGGCGCACUCGAUGCUGGUGCACGAACCGGCCAAAAUCUACCCGUACCAUCUGCUGCUGAUCACCAACUACCGGUUGCCGUCCGACGUGGACCGGUGUAAUCUGGAGCGCCACUUGUCAGACGUGGAGUUCGAAGCGAUUCUCCAGUGUUCCAGAGCCGAGUUCUACCGAAUGCCCCAGUGGAGACGCAACGAAAUCAAGAGACGUGCCCGCCUGUUUUAAAACAGCACUAUCCGUCGUCUUCGUCGUCGUCAAGAUAGAUGGUACCACACAAUGGUUGACUACCUAAAUGCCUAUUUAAAAAUUUAUGACCGCGCGCAGCUGAGCAAAUGUUUUACUACUAUUACGUACUAUAUUGUUUAGUUCAACGAAUCCUAAAAACCAUUUCUUUACGAAGAAACUGACUAAAGAAUCACAUUCAAUGUUCUCAUUUUCAUCAUGGAAUUUGGUAACCAAAAUUAUCUACUUAGUUAUGUGUACAUCCAAAACACCCAACCAAUAUUUUUAUUUCUUUGAUCAUCUAAAAUUGUACUAUAUUAUAUUUUAAUUUUUCUUUAUACAAAAUGCUAAAACGCGUGAUCGAAGUAAAACUAAUACCUUGCUUCCGCUUCAGAUGCUACUACCUAUCCUGCAACAAGGACGAAGAAACAUUGUAAGAAAAAAAAAACAAAAUUAAAAUAAAUCCCAAGAAAAUGAAAACAAAGUAUAUUUUAAACCUAUUAAGCGUAUUUAGAUCGUAGGACGCAUACUAAGCUACUACUAUUAGAAAAAAGCGGGGAGAGAUUAGCGAUUGCAUUUAUAAACGAGUUCUGGCGCUAAAGUAGGGAAUAUCCAUUAACCUUUGAUGCGAAUUUCGCGCCUUUCUACAACAGGUUGGCACCACUGACUGGCACCUUGGGUUGGUGCCAGACGAUGCUACCAACUUCACAAGUUGAGUUUCGCACGAAGUUCGCCUCGUACCAAUCCUCAGUUUGGACUACAUCUUGCUUUUCCUUCAGACGUGAAGCAAAACGUAUAGGUUUAGUUGCGAUAGAAACGGGAUUAGGCUGCUACUUUGGGAUGGUGGUGUGAAAACGCGUUCAGGGUGAGGUACAGAGAAUGAAACCAAACUGCGCACGGAAAUCGAGGAAGGGAUUGCUUUACCUACGUACGUUAGUUUUUAAUCAUACUUUUUUUGGAGCUGUGUAAAUACACCACUAGAGAGGGAAACGAGAUGAUGAAAAAAAAAAGAAAUCAAGAGCAAUCAGUUAAGAUCGCAGAUAGUCAAUCACCCUCAUUCUUGUUUACGGACGUAUCCACUUUCGAACGUUUUUGGUUCGAUCGAAUCAGUAGGCCAUUUGAUUUUGCUGGCGUAAACGGGAAUGCGAACGAUUUUCGUUCGAAAGUGGAUUCGAUCGAAAACAAGAAUGAGGGUGAAUAAUCAAAACCAAUUUUCGAAAUGGACGGUAAGAGAAAAGUCGUUGUAGCCUUGAGAGAGGACAAAUGAGAAUGCUAAGUUUUAAAACCAGCGUAAAGUAGGAAUAUUUAUGAUUGAAUAUUUUAUUUAUAAACAAUAGAUCGGUUCGAACGCGUCUGAAAACAAAUUGGAUUGGGGCUUCGUUUUUAUAAUGCUCUGUUACGGUCAGCAUUUGGAUUCAGAUUCGACUGCAAACUACUAUCUGGAUGCUUCAAACAACGGAGGAACAUUCACACUCUACUUGAAACGAAUUCGUAGCUUCGAAUCUUGCGUACACGCAUGCGCCUAUGAACACCAAAAUUUCAAAACUAAUAGGAAUAUGUAAGGCAAAGCUAUAGCACAUCUGCUAAAACAAAACCUUUCAUGUGAUCGCUUUGUGUAAUGCACCGCGCUCUGGCUUAUGUAUGAUAAAAAGGAGAAAAACAUCACACAGUCAGUCACGGGAUGGGGUGGUGAAAUCGAACCUCACCCAACAAUUGGCUGCGGAGCGCUUCUGUGCUUGUUAUACUUUACCUAUGAAAAAGUAUGUAAUGAUUAAAUCUAAACUAAACACAAGAACACAACUGCCAUAGGAAGAACCUUAACACGAAGUAAAACGAAUUGCAAGAAUAAUGUCAGCACUCUCAGUCACCAAGUCGCGUACCAUACAGUUUUCACUGAAAGCAGACAUUCAUUCACAAACGGUAUCUGAGCAUAAAGCUUUUCAGCAUCCUUGAAUUUUUCCGCCAUGUUGGAUUUGAUUUGAAAAAAAGUCUGUGUGCAAAGAUGUUAUAAUUUCGAAAAGAUAAGACUUAGGUUUUACUAUGUAGGGGUAGGCGGGGCAUAAUGAGCAGGUGGGGCUUAAUGAGCACCUUGUAUUUUCACUGUAAAUUUCCAAAUUUGCAAAACAAACUGCUUGAUUGUAGUUUAAUUACCUCAAAUCCAAUGAAUUGAUGACGAAACAUUUGUCAAAAAAGCCGUUUGCUUUGAAAAAAUAGUCAAAAUGCGUGAAAUGGUCAUGUACUGGGGAAAUAUUAUAAGAAUCAGCAGACCUAAAAUAAGGGUUUGGAAUUGAAGAACGUAAUGGGUAUAUAUCACAUUUCUUGAUAUUUACUGGGUCAAUGAAAUGUAUUUGUAACAGUUUCAAAAUAUUUGUAUAAUUAUUUUGUUAAAAAAAUAUACUUUAAAAAGUUGAAAGUAGAGUGGGGCAAAAUGAGCAACUGAUGGAAAAAUGAUGAAAAUUUUGAACAUCCUAAACAAACGAUUUUCACUUUUGGUUUUCUCUGUUACGAUGCAUAUAGUUAGGUUUUAUCAUUAAUUAUCAAUUCUUUAGCUUUAAAAAAUCAGUAUCUGUAAGUUAUAACCGUUUUAAAAUGCCUUUAAAAGUAAACUCCAUGGAACUCCACAGUUCCCUACAAAUUAAACCCCAUAAUCUCCUCAAAUUCUCAUUGAUUGUUACAGGAAUGCUUUAUCAUUGACAAGAACAGUCAAUUAGCAAUUGAUUGUGUACAAAACAGAGAUUGCUCAUCCUGCCCCACCUAGGGUGCUCAUUAUGCCCCACCCCCAAACCGCAAUCCACGAUUUUAUACGUUUUUAAACACAUAAAAUUUUGCAACAUUUAUAACUAUAUUCGAAAUUUCAACGAUUAGUUUUUGUCAGUUAAGGUUCAAAUGAGGAUUAUACGUUAAAAUUCCACAAUGAUUGCGCUUAAUUUACUGGAUUUGGUGGCAAAAUUCUUAAGCUGCUCAUUAUGCCCCGCCUACCCCUAACAUCAAAGUAAAAGAAUUGGUAGCAAAAAGAUUUUUCUAAUAAAAUUCAAUAUGGCAACUAAAUCCAAUAUGACUGCGAACGACAAAAAGGGUGCAUUGAUUUUAAUCAUUGAAUCUACCAAAUCUAGUUUCAUCAAAAAUACGUGGAUGGAAGUCUGAUUUCAGAGAAAACAACUCCUAUCCAACCUGAAACUACUCGCCCAUACGUGAAAAAGAGGCGCAAUAGCUACAUAUAUGUGUUUCCGUUAAUAGGUCGAAACGGUAUCAAAUUCUUAGCAAUAAAUUGCAACCGGAAAUCAAACGAGAGAAAUUCUAUUACAAAGUCGAGAUAUUUUAGCCGAUCCCCCGCGAAAGGCGAUCAUGAGAAUGAUAUUUUUUCAUCACCUAUGUAAUAGCAUUAGAUUGUAGAAUCGUGUUCGCCUACUAUGAUUUGCCUGAACUAGAACCAAAAAAACUAGUUCAUUUAACGUUUGGCUAGCCCCUUGAUGUAUGUAGAGGGGCUACGAAAAAAAAACACGCAAAUGAUUAUCACAAAACAAAUGAAGCAAAAACAUCACUACCUUUCUCGCGAUUUGAACGUCUAAUGUAAAACGCAAAAGAACAACAAAUUAAAAGUGCAGCAACACAAAAAGAAGAACUCCAAAAAGCCGAAGGCGAAACAAACAAAAUCCAACUACGGUUUAGAAAGAGCGAAACGGAGUUACUUUUGUGUUGAACAGAAUAAAUAGAGCUAUUUAUUGGAAAAAAUGAA